AUGGACGUCCCCUUCAUCUCGUCUGGCGCGACAAGCAGGGCACACUACGCGCUCGUGCGACAAGUCGAGACAGCUGCAACUCCUCAAGCCGCGGACCAGGCGAUUCUACAGGAGGUCGAUUCGAUCCAGCAGCAGUUCUCAGAUUCCUCGCUCUCUACGAGACGAUGCAAGGAGCUCCUCAUUCUCUUGCUGUACUGCCACUCUGCGACGUCGACAUGCACAGUGGGCGAUUUGGGCUUCGCGAUACCCUCCGCGCUCAACCUAGCUACAAUUGGGCGCUACACAUUCUGCGCAGAAACCAUGCCCCCGACCCACGAGCUCCAGCUCAUGCUCGUCAACACCCUCCGCAAGGACCUAGAAAGCGCCCACGUGCCACACAUAUGCCUCGCCCUCGAGCACCUCGUCAACUCGCCCACCGAAGACGUGGUCCCCGCCGUCCAGCCGCGCUUACAUAAUCUCCUGUCCCACAACUCACCGCACGUCCGCCGCCGUGCGCUGCUCGCCUUUCGGGCGCUCGCGCAGCUCGAGGGCGAUAUCCUGGCGCGGAUCGAACCCGACGUUCAGAGACGGCUGGGGGACAGCGAUUCGUCGGUCGUCAAUGCAGCGCUGCUGACGUCAACUCAGUUUGGCUCUUCUGAUGAGAUCCGCGUUUCCGUGAACAACAUGCUGCCCUCCGUCUGGAGCAUGAGCGACAGGGCGAGCCGCCGUACGCUGAGAAACACUCUGAUGGCUGUUCGAAGUCUGAAGCCCGAAGACCGACACGCUCGUACCGUCUACCAGAACUUGAAGACGAUAUCGAAGCGGCCCGAGCUAGCGCUCUUGAAAGAGUCCUUCCUCAUGCUUGCGUCGUUCCCCAGCACCACUCUGAGCGGUCUCCAGCGCGGCGCAUCCGAGCCCGUGGUCAGGUCCAUAAGCCACCUGCUCGUCUCGGAGAGCCCGAACGACCGGUACCUCUUCAUCUCGUGUCUCAGCCAGCUCGACGCCGGUCUAUGGGCAGGAACCGAUCCGGACAUUCCAGCUGUUUUGGAUGAGCUGGAGGUGGGACGUGUGAUGGGCUUGCUGGAUUCGCCGGACAGUCUCAUCCGAAAGAUGGUGCUGCACGUCCUCGUGCGCGUCGACCCGGGCAUCGUCAGCGCGUACUAUACGCAGUCUGUGCAGACUAUGCCCGUCGGCCUCUCGAUACCCGAUAAGAACCAGUACGUCACUCGUCUGCUCGAGAUUGUUGAUGCCCAGUGCGGCAGCGGCGGCAACAGCAAUGGUGGUGGCGACGAUGACAGCGACGGGGAGCUGUACGCCUCCUGCGUCAAGGACCUCUUCGCGGCGACCGAGAGCGCGGAGCACGGGGACUUGCACGAUAUCCCCGUGCUCGAGGGCCCGCUCGAGCAGAUUCUGGGACACGUCAGAGCGCUGCCUGCCUCUGCGUCGGUGCCAUGCGUCACCUCGCUGGUCGCGCCUCUCGCCUCUGAUGCCAGCGCUGACCCCGAGGCUGACGCUGACGUCGAAGGGGUCCGCGUGGGCCCGACGCUCAUGGUCGCGCUCGCGGCGCUGAUAUGCGAGUUCGCGGGCACGAUCUCGACUGCGCCGCCGGAUAUCUUGCGGGGGCUCGCGCGCAGGGUCGGGUCGUACAAUGCUAUGGUGCAGGAGACGUGCCUGCUCGUGAUGCUGCGCGUAGCAGCAGAGUGCGACGAGGUGCCUGAUGGGAUCCGGAAGCCCGUUGAGCGGCUCGCAGAGUUCUCGAGGAAGCAUAUUCGCAAUAGGUUUCACCAGUUUUUGAGUCUCUCAAGAGACCGACGAGUUCUUGCUGACGUGGUGUCGAGAGCUGCGUCCUCGUCGCUUCCCGACUUCGCCGUCGCGCUCAGCGUUGCCGCCAAGGCUAGUGGCAGGGCCGUGGUCGGCGGCGGCGGUACCCCGGGUUCCUCAGCGAUGACAAGCCCGCUGCCGUCCCAGCCGUCGUCGUUGUCGCCAAUUUCACCUGUCACGCGAUCGCCCAGCAAACUGCGGUACGACGCCUAUGCGGCUCCUCAAGCUUCGCAGAGCCACCACUUUAUUAGCAUGAGCCCGCGUCAUCGAGCGCUCAUGCAGAUAUCGUCGGGAUCUGCGUCCUCGUCCGCGUCCCGAUCGCGGGAUCGCAGUCCAUCUCGGGUGCAUGAGAACGAGAGCCACGAGCUCGAGGAUCUGUCGCGGACCGUGUCUCCGGGCGACCUCGCUCUGGCGGCUGCGAGCGGCACGCUGAGUCCCCCUCAGAACUCCAAGGCGGUUUCGAAAGCACCGGCCACGGAAGAUCUGUUAAUGUCGACGCGCGUCGACCUGAUCACCCUCGACUCUGAUCCGUUCAUGGCAGACCCAGACCCAGGCCAAGACCCAGGCGCAGGUUCAGAAGAGCAGACGGAGUUCGAGCAUGCUUGGGAGGCGAUGGAGCAAAACAGCGCGCGGGGGUGGUGCGAGGUCUCGCAGGACGUCAUCGUGCGGCGGUUGCAAAAGCAGCGGUUCCGGCUGGCUAUUAUAUCGGUUGACCAGCCGCCGUAUGAAGGCGAGCUCAAGGUGCUCAUUCAGCCGUCCACGGCGGCGGACGCGAAGGGAUACGCGGCGCUUCGGUUACGCGAGGGCGACGACGAUACGUGCCUGUGGAGGCUUCGGUGCGAGGAUACGGAGCUGCGCAUGGCGGUCAAGAAGGCGAUGGAGGAGAUGUAGGGGGCAAAGGCAAGGGGCCCUAAGAGGAUAAAUGGUUCAGUGUAGUGUGUACGAUUUAACAAGGGAGGACACGAGGAGUCGCCGAUGGAGGUCGCAUGUCCGAAGGGGCCCUGGUGAGCGCGGCAACGAGGGGGUCGCGUGGGGGCGGGCUGCUGCUUGGCUCUGGGCGACGCAUCGAGAAGCGGUCACCCGGUCGCGGGGGUUGCGGGCGGACAUGAGGGUGAGCGUGUGCUAUUUAGUUGGUUGCCACAAAUGGACUCUUGCGAUCUAUCUCGUGGA